AUGCCCACGGUCCACAUCGCGGGCGUGCCCGUGAGCUUCCCCUUCACGCCCUACGAGUCGCAGCUCGUGUACAUGGAGAAGGUCAUCAUGGCCCUCGAGACGAAGCAGAACGCGCUCCUCGAGAGCCCCACGGGCACGGGCAAGACGCUCUGCCUCCUCUGCGCGACCUUGGGAUGGAUUGCGCACCGCAAGAAGUCGCUGGCCAAGACAAGCGCCAAGAAGAAGACCGAGAAGCUCGAGUACGAAGACCUCCCCAACGACGAAGGCGACGCGAACGAAGACGACGACGACGUGUUGCCCAAGAUCAUCUACUCAUCGCGGACGCAUACGCAGCUCAAGCAGGUCGUGAAGGAGCUCAAGCAGACCGCGUACAAGCCCAAGGUCGCGAUCCUUGGCUCGCGCGAGCACCUCUGCGUCCACCCCGAGAUCUCCAAGAUGCGAGGAACCCAGCAGAACCACUCGUGUCGCCAAGCCGCCAAGCAGUUGCGUUGCAUCUUCAAGUCGGGCUACGACCAGUCCAAGAAGGGCGGCAACCCGCGGAUCAUGGACAUUGAAGAGCUCGUGACCGUCAACCGAGAGCGACAGAUUUGCCCAUUUUACGCCAGCCGCGACAUGCUCUCGAAGGCCAACGUCAUCUUCAUGCCGUACAACUACCUCGUGGACCCGCCCCUCCGCGCGUCCCUCGGCGUCUCCCUCGAGAACGCCAUCCUGAUCUUUGACGAAGCCCACAACGUCGAGUCGAUCGCGAGCGAGGCAGCGUCGUACAGCCUCUCGACCGAAGACAUUCAAGGCUGCAUCAAGGAGGCCCAGGAGUGUCAUCGCAUGAUUGCGACUUCGCGCUACGUGCCCGAAGAAAGCUCGUUCCUCAGCGCGCAGUCGGUGACAACGCUCAUGGAGCUCCUCAUGGAGAUCGAGCGAGGUCUGCUGUCGUUCCCCGUCUCCAAGGAUGGCGGCUGCACCAAGCCGGGCGAGUACAUUUUCGAUUUCUUCAAGGCGUUCAACAUCUCGUUCGACACGGCGCCCAUGGUUCUCGGCAUAUCGGAGCAGGUGAUCGAGGCCAUCACGGACGGCGGCAAUGCGAGCAACCCGCGCAACUCGAAGCUCGAGAGCCUCGUCUCGUUUCUCAAGACGAUCUUUCGGGACAAGGACAACCACCACAAGGUCACCAUUAGGACCCAAGUGACGCGACGAUACCAGUCGGGGCCGACCGUCACCAAGACGAUGCGCUGGUUCCACUACUGGUGCUUUCACCCGGGCGUCGCCAUGCAAGAAAUUUACGACCAAAAGGUGCACAAUAUUAUUCUCACGAGCGGGACGCUUUCGCCGCUGGAUACGACGACCAAGGAGCUCGGGAUUCCUUUCCCCAUUCAGCUCGAAAACUGUCAUGUGGUUGACGCGUCGCAAGUGUGGCUUGGCGUCGUGGGCGUCGGCGUCACAGGGAAGCGCCUCAACAGCAGCUACCAGUACCGGAGCUCGGUCGAGUACCUCGUCGAGCUUGGCAACACGCUCAUCAACUUUGCUCGGCUCGUGCCAAAUGGCCUCCUCAUCUUCUUCCCGUCGUACACGAUCAUGGACCAAUGCGUUGCGCAUUGGCAGCUCAAACCCGCCAACCAGCAGCCGUGCAUUUGGGACCGCCUCUUGCAGCUCAAGACGAUCCACGUCGAGCCCAAGAACCGGUUCGAAUUUGCGGACGUUGUGACGGCGUACCAUGACGACAUCAAGUCGAGUCCGCAAGGCGCCAUCUUCAUGGCGGUCUGUCGCGGCAAGGUCAGCGAAGGCAUUGACUUUUCCAACGAGAACGGACGCGCGGUCGUCAUCACCGGCCUCCCGUUUGCACCCAUCAAGGACCCCAAGAUUGUACUCAAAAAGGAGUUCUUGGACCAAGCGAUCGUGCCCCCCGGCGAGUCAAAACUCACGGGCAACAACUGGUACGUGCAACAAGCCGCGCGCGCCGUCAACCAAGCGAUCGGUCGCGUGAUUCGCCACCGGCACGACUACGGCGCGAUCAUCCUCCUCGACGAGCGCUUUGGCUACGCGCAGCAGCGUGGCACGCUCUCCAAGUGGCUGCAGUCGUACUGCCACAACUUCAACAGCUACGGCGAAGCCCAUGGCACGCUUGUCCGCUUUUUCCGCUACAACAAGGACAAGUACGCGACGACACCGAUCCCAGCGACCGUCGGAAAGGCGCCACUUCCGUUCAAUCCACCCAAACGCCUCGAGGCGCCGACCCCCGCGCCAAAGGUCGCCGUCGCGCCGCCGCCGCCAAAGGACGUGACGGCCAACAGCCAAGUGGCAAUCGGCGAUGGUCAGUCGUACGUCAACCCCAAGCUCUUGACAAAGCCAGUAAAACCUCCUGCGCCAGUUCUACCAGCGCCGAGUGUCAAGGCACCCGUCGCUAGCGGGACCACAUCGCAUGCGCCGUCGUUGCGCAAUGUGUUGGAGAAGCAGGUCGUGUCGGCGUCGACAGCCACCGUGCGCCCUGCGUCGUCGUCGCUCGAGUCGGUGGUGCAGAACGCGCGCGCGAUUCUCUCGCCGCAAGAAAUGAACGAGCUCUUAUCGCUCAUCCGAAACGUACCCAAGGCGCCGGAAGACAUGCCCGAGAUCGCGGCCAUGCUGGGACCAUACCCCGAGCUUUUGGACCCGAUUGUCGCCCUCCUCCCGCGGUCGUACCAGAACUUUGGCGCUGUCUCGGUGAACGACGCGGUCCAGGCCAUGGCCAAGUCGGCCCAGCGCCAGAAGCGCAAGGCCGCGUCGCCUGUGGUCGCGAUCCCCAACCCGCAGUGCAGCAUUUGCUUUGACGUGCUCGACAUGUCGCACGCCGCACCUUGUGGCCACAUUUGCUGCGACCGCUGCUGGAAAAAGUUGGAGUCGCAAGGGGCGAUUGUGUGCCCCGUGUGCAAGGCGACGUGGCCCAUCAAGUCGCUCGUGCGCAUCCAAGCCAAGACCAAAGUGAGCAAGCUCAACGCCCGCGCUCUGUAGCUAUUCGUCUGGCAUCGGCCGCUUCGUUAACGCCCUCAAGUGAAGUUCCUCCCGAAAAAACAUGCUUUUGCGCGUCUCCAAGACGGUAAAGAGUACUCGCAUUAUUGUACACGACGGUGCUGCUUGUGAUCCUCUUGGAGCCCACGAACACGAUGUGACAAUGCAUUUUGUAUGCAGACGACCACCCCAGAAGGGGUCGCGAGGUUAAUAAUUACG